UGUAAUUUACUUUUGGGAAUAAUAGAUGUACCAGACUUAUUUUAUAGAAGUAACAAUUCCUAACGGAACUUGACGUUCUUGGGCUCGUUUUGAAGCUAAUAGCGAUGUUAAUAAAUUUACCGAUUCAUAAUUUUAAAAUAUUAGCCUAAAGACCGGUCAUAAACCGGUUAAAACCGAUGCAGACCGAAACCAGUCUAUAGACUGCAAAAAGACCGCAGACCGCGGUUUUUUGCGGUCCGGUCUGGUCUUUUGACUUCUGGGGAAAAGGCAGACCGGUUACGGUUACGGUUAAUGCCCCUGGGUAUAAAAAAACCGGACCAAACCGGACUUUCAAACACUAAUCACAGGGGCCUUUGGGGCACUGUCGUGCCUAAAUAUCUAGCAGGUUGUAAAGCGAUCACUACCAUUCUUCCCCAACUAUCCACUCUGGGGAGCACAUCUUGUGUAUGGUACCCAGUGUGCAAUUGGCAGUUGCAGCAGUGGUGGCUCUAUAUGAUCACUUCUCCCAUAGGCAACUCCUAUGAUGAGGGUGAUGACAGUUGA